CUGAACUUUCACAGAAUGGCGACCUUGACAUCCAUAGACGCUGUUAGGAGGAAAAUCCAGAACCUGCAGCAGCAGGCUUACGAGGCGGAGGACCGGGCCGAACUCUUCCACAUGGAGGCGGACAUGGAGAGGCAGGCCAGAGAGAGGGCAGAGGCAGAGGUGGCGUCUCUGAAUAGACGCAUCCAGCUGGUGGAGGAGGAGUUGGACCGAGCUCAGGAGAGGCUAGCUACUGCUCUGCAGAAGCUGGAGGAGGCAGAGAAAGCUGCAGAUGAAAGCGAGAGAGGAAUGAAGGUGAUAGAGAACAGAGCAACAAAAGAUGAAGAGAAAAUGGAAAUCCAGGAGAUGCAGCUGAAGGAGGCCAAACACAUUGCUGAGGAGGCGGACCGUAAAUAUGAAGAGGUUGCACGUAAACUGGUGAUUCUGGAAGGAGAUCUGGAGCGCUCAGAGGAGCGAGCUGAGGUGGCUGAGGCUAAAUCAGCUGAUCUUGAGGAAGAAUUGAAAAAUGUCACCAACAACUUGAAGUCCCUGGAAGCCCAGGCUGAGAAGUACUCACAAAAAGAGGACAAAUAUGAAGAAGAGAUUAAAGUGCUGACAGAGAAGUUGAAGGAGGCUGAAACCCGGGCAGAGUUUGCAGAAAGAUCUGUGGCUAAGCUGGAGAAGACCAUUGAUGAUCUAGAAGAUGAAGUGUAUGCUCAGAAGCUGAAGGGCAAGGCUCUCAGUGAGGAGCUGGACCUGGCACUCAAUGACAUGACUACACUGUAGAAGCUUCCUCCCUUCCUCUUCUCCUCUGUUGCCUUCCCAUUUCCCCCCUGUUGCUUUGCUGGUCUCUUCUUGUUCUGCAGAAAUGUUAUUGGCUGGAAGAUUUCUAAACAUAAUGCAGUAAAUUCAGACUUUUUUCUUCUUUCCAUUCUUUGAACUUACAGCUAGCACCCCUUUCACUACUACCUGUCCUGAGGUCUGGAGUUAAUGUCAUUCGUAUUUAUUGAAAUCUUCUUCCCCCUCCUUUCUGUAAUAAAUAUUUUUAUCCUUAUCAAAUUC